CACUCAGUCAAAGGGCUUAUCUUCCUUAAAGUUAGAGCUCGACCUGUCAGUCACCAUGUGGGUAAAGGGCUUAUCUUCACUCCUGGAGGACAACAGAAGGAUCACCCCGGACAUCCACUUCAGGGACAGCAAGCUGGUGUUGGAUGGAAACAACCUGCUCUACUUCUCGUCCAACCUGGACCAGAACCACGGCGGGGAGUACCUGGCCUUCCAGGCAGAGGUCCAGGCUUUCUUCAAGACUCUGGCCGACUGUGGAAUCAAACCAUACCUGGUGAUGGACGGAGGCUCGAGCACCAGCAACAUCAGACUGGAAACCCUCAAAAAACGGGCCAGAGAGAAGGUCCAGAAGACCCAUGAUGCCAUUGAAGGCAGAAAUGUGAACAUCCUCCCCCCCCUCACCAAGCACGUGUUCAGACAGACGUUGAACGACCUGAAGGUGCCGAUGGUCAAGUGCUUCAAAGAGGCCGACGGCCGGCUGGCUGCCCUGGCCAGAGAGUGGUGCUGCCCGGUUCUGUCCACAGACAGCGACUUCUACAUCUUUGACCUUCCUGUUGGGCUUCUGCACCUGGAUUACUUCGGGUGGCGCGCCGAAACGCGUCAUAGUAUCCCCUGAAGGCGAUACACUACUUCCAACUUCUGUACCUUCUUCCACAUCGACCCCCAGCUGCUGCCUGUCUUCGCCUCGCUGGCCGGGAACGACUACGUCAACCUCAAAGAUGUUAAGUGGGCCAGAUACAUUCCAGCGGGAAGUCCUACAAUCAAGUUCAGUGCCACUAAC